AACGGCUUGUUUAAUAAUUGAAUUAUACUAUACCAAGGAAUACCUCUCCUUAGAGAUUCUUAUGUCUGUUGUAUGUGUAAGCUAAUGGUACUGGGUCUGGUAAAUACCGUUUAUUAAUUGAUGAGAAGAGUGAAUUUCAUUUAAAAGUAUUAUAACUAAUAAUUUGGUUAUGAAAUAGAGAAGCUUGAACCCAUUAUCUAAUAUUCAGCAAUGGCUGUUCAUUCUGCUCCUCCAAAAAGGAAAGAGAUCUACAAAUAUGAAGCUCCAUGGACUGUUUAUAGCAUGAAUUGGAGUGUACGUCCAGAUAAGCGCUUCAGAUUAGCGCUUGGAAGUUUCAUUGAAGAGUACAACAACAAGGUGCAGUUAGUAUCACUAGAUGAAGAAACCUCAGAAUUCACCGCUAAAAGCACAUUUGAUCAUCCUUAUCCAACAACAAAAAUAAUGUGGAUUCCUGAUAGUAAAGGAAUAUAUCCUGAUCUACUUGCUACUAGUGGUGAUUAUCUGAGGGUAUGGAGAGCUGGUGAAUCUGAAACAAGAUUGGAAUGUUUAUUAAAUAAUAAUAAGAAUUCUGAUUUUUGUGCACCUUUGACUUCUUUUGAUUGGAAUGAAGUUGAACCUAAUCUUCUGGGUACAUCUAGUAUUGAUACAACGUGUACUAUAUGGGGACUUGAGACUGGGCAGUUGCUAAGUCGUGUAAAUGUAGUGUCUGGGCAUGUAAAAACACAGCUAAUAGCUCAUGAUAAAGAAGUUUAUGACAUUGCCUUUAGUCGUGCUGGAGGUGGAAAAGAUAUGUUUGCUAGUGUUGGGGCUGAUGGAUCUGUUAGAAUGUUUGAUCUAAGACAUUUGGAGCAUUCUACCAUAAUAUAUGAAGAUCCACAACACCAUCCUUUGUUGCGUCUUGCAUGGAAUAAACAAGACCCCAACUACCUAGCAACAUUUGCCAUGGAUGCUUCUGAAGUUAUUAUUUUGGAUGUUCGAUCUCCUUGUGCCCCUGUUGCAAGACUUAAUAAUCACAGAGCUUGCGUGAAUGGUAUUGCAUGGGCCCCCCAUUCAUCAUGUCAUAUUUGUACUGCUGCUGAUGAUCACCAAGCGUUAAUAUGGGAUAUCCAACAGAUGCCAAGAGCUAUAGAAGAUCCUAUUCUGGCUUAUACAGCUGAAGGUGAAAUUAAUCAAAUUCAGUGGGCAAGCACUCAGCCUGAUUGGAUUGCUAUUUGUUACAAUAAUUGCUUGGAGAUUUUAAGGGUAUAGGAAUCAUUAUAUUAGGAAACAAUUAAUAUUAAGAAUACUGCAAAAUGAAUUGCAGCAUUUUUAAUAUCCACUGCCCUGUUGAUGUAGCAUUACAACUUGCUAAGAACUUUUCUAGAAUUAGAUGUGGUUUUACAAAGAAUUUACAUUGCAAAUUUAUAACUGUAAAUCCCUUGAAUUAUUGCAGAUUUGGUUCCAGACUAAAAUUAAUAUUGUGAUGAAAUGAGUCACAUGUUUUUUAUAUUAUUUUUAUUUCAGUGCAUGUAAAAGUUAUCUUCACAUUAUAUAUAUUUUUAGGCUAAAUGUGCAAAAACAUGCAGUUUGAAACAUAUGUAGUCACUAACUGAAAAUUCUUUAUUACUAAAAAUUUCUAAUCAUUCUGAGUAUUUUCUCAGAACAAAACUCAGUUGUUAAUCAGUUCAGUAUUGUUGCUAAUCCAGUAGAUAUAAUCUAUAUCCUGUAAAAAUGAAAUUCGUGUGGCAGCUGUUUAGGGAUAGUUUGUGGGAAUGAUAAAAUUGCGUAAAUAUUAUGUGCAGUCAUGUAUUGAUGUUGAUAACUGUUGACUGAUUAGAAUGGCUGAUUAUCUAUGUGCAUUUUUUUUUAUUGAUGAAAAGGUCAUCUUCCAUGAACUCCAGAAGUUAAUCCUCACUUAUUUCGAAUUUUUCUUAGACAGUUUCCUUACUUCUCUCAGCUUGCAUAUAUUUGAAAAGAGGACUAUGUUUUGGAUUAGACUUUAACUGAAAUGAAUGACUAUUUUGAUUUUUCAUCCAGUCACUAAAAACGUCUUGUAUCAGCAGUAGGCUGUUUUACCCCCUUUUUUAUUUUUACCAUCUGUGCAUUAACUAGAUUUAUUUUUCCCUUCAGAAACUCUUCUGUAUUUAUAUCUUGGUAGACUGCUUAUCUACCUGCAGAAUAAUGAUAUGAUGAAGAUGCUGUUUUAAAUAUUUCUUUCAUCACAGCUUUCAGUUGUGGGAUUAAUUCCAAUAUUUUGCAAGUGACUAAAAUAUUUGUGUAUAAUAUGGCAAUUUUGGGAGGUUUAAUCUAAAAAAGGUUUAAUGUUUCGCUAUGCUAUUGAUAAUUUUGUUCAGAAACUGCAACAUUUGAAGGUGCUGUUAUGUCUACCAGAUGAUGCUAGAUGGCAUUAUCUUCAGCACAAUUUUGUGUGACCAUAAAAAGUUUUUAUAAGGAUGAAAUGCAAUUAUAUAACAAUAUUGUGACUUCAUUAUCAGUAUAAGGAAACAGAUUUGAGAUUUAUAUCCGUAUGUAUGACUGUCAUAUAUAUUCACAGGUGAUUAGAGUGCACAGCAUCUAGUUCCCAGACUGAUUAUAUGUAUUUAUUUAUUUAAUUAUUUACUUCAUAAACAAGCUAUUAUUAUUUUGAAUUUCAUUUCUGUAUAACCGUGUUUUAUAGCACUGAGAGCUUAUAUAUAUAUAUAUAAUGACUAAUUAAAAUGUAAAAAGGCAUUAAAAACUUAUCUAGUUAUGCUAUGAUUGCAAUAACUGGUGGUAAUGCUGUAAAAUGAAAUUAAAAAAAAAUUAAAUCCAUUAUAUUUUCAAUCAAAUCAAACAACUAAAAAUAAAUAUAAAUUAUUUGGGCACACAACAAACAUGUUGAAAAAAUUAUCAUGCUUGUUUUAUAUGCAAACAGUUAUAUGCUUAUUUGUAAUGAUUUGAUCCAAGUUGAAUAUGCAAAAUUCUUGAAAAGUAGGCAGUAUUAAAAUCUCAGUCACCUGAAUAGGAACAUGUGGAUAUUGUAUGAAAAUAUUUCAUGUUAUUUAAGUAAAUUGAAAAUUAUCAAAUGAACAAAAUGUUGCCUGCUUUUGAUUUAUCACCGUUUUGUUACUUAAUAGCAUGCUAUUUUUUUAACACAGAAUGGAAUCAUAAAUGUACCUUUUAAUUAUUUUGCUUUUUUUAAUUGCUACUUAAUGGCAGUUGGAUCUAAUAGAUUAGUACUGUAAAAGGUUCUUUUCAAACCUGUGCUGACUGAGAAAACAUAUUUAGUAAACUUAUUUUAUGUAUAUAGAUAACUGUGUUGAAAAUGUAUGGCAUCUUCUUUAAAUCUAAUUUCUUUUGAAAGUUCAAAUGGCAAAUAUAAUGCUACAUCAUCUGUAGGUGCAUACAAUGUCAUCAGAAUUUUGGAAGUUAUCUAACUUUCUUAUUUAUAAGUGUGACACGUUCUGAUAUGGCUGUAGAGUUUUUGUAACUCUUGAACAGCAAUAUGAACUUAAAAAUUGCUAUGAAAUUAAAAAAAAACUGGCAUAUGUGUAUAUCUAAGUGAUUUUUUUCUGUAAAAGCAUAGAAAUAAUUACUGAAAUAUGCUUAAAAAGAUUUCUUAAAAUCAUUUCCUGUAGAAAUAUUUCAAUGUAUAUUGUACAUUAGGUUUUACUCAUAUAAUUUAUGAAUCAUUUCAAGUUUUUUCAUCCUACAUAGUGGAAUGAAUCAUGCAGUAAUAUCACUUUUCUUUUUAUCAUGCAUUAAUUUCUCAUCUCAGAUAAUCAUUCGUGUUAUAUGAGCCUAUCGAAAACUUGUUUCUGCUGGUAUUUUAACAUAAAAUUUGGAUGAAAAUGUUUUAUAUGGUCUUUAUUAUAAUUCCAUCUGACAUAUAUUUUUAAUAUAUGUAUUCGUGUUUUUAAAUUAUUGUAAUUUGUUUGAAAUUAUAAAAACUAAGAGUUUACUGGGAAUUAAAAUUAUGUAAUGCAUACAGAGAAUAUAUUUUGUUGUAGAUAUUCAUCUGUAAAUAAGUGCAUAAUCUGUAGUUGUAGAUUAUUUAAUACAAGUUUAAAAUAAUUAAAUCGUUUUCAUAAAAUUUUGAACAAUACCUCAUGUAUAAGAUAGUAUAUGCUUUUCUGUAUUUAGAACAUAAAGUCCAAAAAUAUCUCUGUAUAUGAAAUCUUGUAAAUAAUGUGGAAUUUUUAGUUUUUUGGUGCAAGGCUUUUUUAACUUCUUAACAUUUAUUUUGGGAAAAACAAUUCAGUCUAAUAAUAUGGUUAGUUUAAAUAAUGAAGGUUGUUAAAAUUUGGUUAUGUCUUGCUUUGAAAAUGAAAAAAUAUAUAUUUCUUACUUUAGCAAUCUUAACAAAUUUAAAAAAAAAAAAAAAAAAAAAAAGUUAGUUAGUCAAAUUAUACUUGAAUAUGAGUGAUAUGAGUUGCAUUUCUUUUCAACUGUUAUGAAGUAAAUAAGAAGUUAAAAGCGUGUUAUUGAUAUUGUAGUGUUGUGCAACGUGAAAUGUUUAUAAUUUUUUUAAUUUGUAAAUGUGAUUUAGCUUUUAAAUAUCCUGUACAUAUCACUGUAAUUUUAAAACGAACAUUGAUUUUCCUUUUUAUGAAUGCUUUAGAAUUAAGCUUAUGAUGAUUUAACUUUUAUGCUUAAUGCUAAUUUUACUGUGAAUUUUCAUAAUAAGGAAACAUUAUUAAGUACAGUUCACCCAUCUAGUUAUUAGUAGUUAUAAAACAUAGAUUUAAUGUACAAAAAAUUAUAUAUUGCAGCCAGAAUUUCUUUAAAGUUUGUAUGGUGUUUCAUGUUAUGCAAUUUAUCUCUGACUAUUCAGAAAAACUUUUAAUGAGAAAUUUGUGUUUUUGAAUUUUAAUGAAAAGGGGAAGGCAAAAUGAUUAAUAUAACUGAGAAUAUGCAUAUGUAAUAAGUUUGAAAAUUAGCUGGAAUAAAAAGUAAGGUAUCAAGAAUUGGAAAAUGUAGUAGAAUAUUUAUUAACCCUCAAAGAAAAAAUAAAAUUCUUUGUAAUUUAGUACAGUAUUAUAGUAUAUGCAAAUCAAACUCAUGAAGGGCAUAAGCAUUUGUUCAAUUAAAAUAAUUUUGAAAUGAAAAUUUUAAUCUAAACCUUUCUAAAGUUUAUUAUUUAAUCAAAUGGGGGGCACUUGCCUUUUUUUCGUCAUUGGCCACUUGUAAGACCAGAAGUGACGGCGAUUUUAUUGUGGAGGCAACUAUUAGGUGGCCAUCAUUACCUCCUAUGAGGGGACAAACAAUUUACAUCCAUGCCUUCUCUGGGAUUUGAACCCGGGCCCUUUGGCAUCGCAGUCGGCUUCACUAACCACUAUACCGUCUGGGCGGCUAAACCUUUUUUAAAUGGAAUUAACAUAUAAGCAUGUUUUGGGCAUGAUCAACUUGGUAUUGAAAACUGAAUUAAUUUAAGUUUUAGUGAAAGUAAUUAUAAAAUGAGGUUUUAUUAGAGUCAUUUUAUGUUUGCAAGUGUCUAUCUUUAUAAAUAAUAUGGCUUAGAGAAUGUUAAAGGUAAAUCAUACCUUUUUACUUUCUUCUUUAGUGUAAAUACUAAGUAUAUAAAAUGUGUGUAAUUUUAUGCAUCUUAAGAUUACAAAAUUUAUUCUUAUGAAGAGAUCAAAAAAGUUAUGUUGUAAAUUUUAUUUUUCUUUAAAAACAUCUUGUGAAAUUAUCUUUAACAUUUUUAAUGUGCAGUUAUCUUGCUGUAGAAUAAUUUUUUAUUGUUGAAAAAAUUCUGUAUUAGAAUAUUACUAAUUUAAGUAAAACAUUUGUACAGAGCUGAUGAGUUAGUUACAUUUAUUUUUGCAAUCAUUCAUUCAUUAUUACUACAGUAUUUUUUGUAAUUAAUGAUUGAUACUUCUAGUUUACAUUAUGUGAAAUACAUAUGUAUGUUGAUACUUCUAGUUUACAUUAUGUGAAAUACAUAUGUAUGCUUUGAAUGAUCUUAAUAUUGUGUAAAUAUCCAAAUUGCUGUAAAAGUUUAGCAAAAUGAUAAAAGUCAUUAAUUGUAUCGUUUUUAUUGUGGAUUGAAAGUCUUGUCACAAAAUUUUCUUUAAAAGAAUGGCGUCUUUAAAAUUUUUCAUUCUGUUGGGAAGAUAAAGCCACUCAGAAUGAAUUACAUAAAUGUAUUCUUCUGAGCAAAAUGUGUAGAUGUAUGCAUGUUUGAUUAAGCUGUGUACGAGUUAGUUUUUAUUAUUAAUUAAAUUUUAUGCUUAUUUUUUUUGGGGGGGGGCACAUGCUUUUUUCUUUUCUAGUUAGAGAUUAAUUAUAAUUUUUACUGUGUGGAAAUUUUUUUAAUAAUUUUUGUUUUCAUUAAAUUAUGUAUGCUGUAAAGUUUUCAUAUUUCUUCAUGUUUAUGAUGAAAAUAUAUUUUAUAUGUAAUAUACUUCUAGUAAUGUAAACAUUUUAAGUAAGAAGGUUCUCUUAAACAUCAUAGGGGAAUAUAAUUGUGCUAGGUAUAUGAAGUGAAAUUUUACUUUUUUGCUACAUUCAUAUGAAUAUUUAUUGUGGAAAUUGUAGGCUUCAAAUAAAAGACAAAAUGCACAUUAAAAAUGAAAUAAUUUCUAUAGUGUCUUCAGCAUAUUAUAUAAGGCUAAGUAGGUGGCAUUGUGAUUAAUUCACAUUGGUAAGUACAUACAUUUCCCGUAAUUAACAUAUAUUAAAAAUGCACAUUUUAAAGCAUAUCUAACAUUGUAGAAUUAAUUAAAAUAAUUUGUAAUUGCUCCGUAGAAAGUGAAUUAUGUUAUGAAAUAAAAAUUUAAAAACAA